AAAAAGAGCUCAACCGUCCAGAGUAACAUUGUCACAAUCUCCUCGACUAUCUGUGAGACAGUCUGCUGAAGUUGUGAAGACUUGACGGUUUGAUCGCUGAAACCAUGCUGAAGGAAGUGUUUGUGCUUGGAUGCCUCCUGAGCCUUGCUCUGGCCAGUCCUGUUGACGUGGCACCCAAACGACUUGCACGGUCAAACUCUGGCUCUUCCUCCCAUGAGGGCCGUCGUCCUUUCCUCCCGUACAGUCCCCCAAAUCAACAAUGGUUCCAGCUUCUUCUGACCCUCCUGCAGCUACAACAAGCUCUUACUACAACACCCACUACAACUACUACAACACCCACUACAACUACUACUACAGCUACAACUACCACCACCACAACUCCAGCUACUACAAAAUAAAACCUGAAAUCUAAACACAGAUCAGCAAGUGAAUGAAAACCAGUGUUAACUGACAUGGGUUUUUAUUUUUACAUCAGUACUGUUUUGUGUCAGUUUGUUGUAUUUCCACUGUCAUCAUUCACGUUCAAGGAAACAUGUGGAUCAUAAUUACUUUACUGUCUGCAAAAUCUGCUGAAUAAACUUAAUGAAAGUCUA